CAACAGGCGCCAGUUUUAUCUCGCGCCCGGCCAAUACUGGACCGAUUGACGGUUUCACUCAGAUUUCUAUAUAUUUUUAAUGUUAACAAAGUGCUCUAUAAACUAUUUAUAGUUAUUUAAUGGUGACUAUAAUCGUGUGUAAAAUUGCAAUAAAUAAAUUUAGUUCUAGUUAAUGUUUAUAUUGAUAAACUACUAUUUGUAAAGAAAGACAGUAAUCAAGAGUUCCGUUGUGCAGCAGGGAGGUCGGCAGCGGCGAGGUGGCCGUGCGCAGCGGGGACACCGUCAUGCCGAGGUGCUUGCUGUUGAUGAGCCGGCGCAGCAGCUGCGUCGCCUCCCCACCACGACCUGUGUUAGUGUUGUUGUGUGUGGUUGCUGUAAGCGGCGCGGCCGCGGGCGGGGGUGAGACCGCGGGCUGCGACGUGUCCCUGCAGGACGUCAACAACCUGACUCUCAACUGCUCCCGCCGCGGCCUGCACACCGUGCCAACAACAUGGCCACAGAAAAUCGAAAAUAGCGUGGACAAAGAUGGUGACGUACGGGUAACAUUCUUCAACAACAGCAUCACGAAUGUAACAGAGCUGCCGUCGGUCCCUGGGAACAGGAUAGCGAUCAUAUUUAAAUCCAACGCCAUCGUGGAGAUAGAGGACGGCGCGUUCUCUAACAUACAACGAUUGGUUUACUUGGACUUGAGCAAUAAUCAGAUCUCGGGUGACGUACUAAGGAGUGAAAUCUUCCAAGGGCCAUACAACAACACAGUGUAUAAUAGCAUAGCACUGGAGACUUUGAAUCUGGGCCGCAAUCAGAUACACUCCCUGGACAGAUACUUAUUCCAGUAUACGCCGAAUUUAACACGCUUAUAUCUCAAUAACAACCCCUUUGAGAUAUUGGACCAUGUCACUGUGUUAGCUCUCUCCAGUGCCACCAACUUACAGGUCUUAGAUUUGUCAAAAACGGACAUCGAUUCUAUACCUUUAGACGCGUUUAGAGGUCUAGUGAACUUGCAACAAAUAGACUUGUCCGGCAACAAGUUUGUCAAUGUGCCUGAGAGUCUGAGUAUAGUUGGCAGCACUCUGCAGUACCUCACGUUCAACAACAACCCAAUUGUUGAACUUAACGAUGACAGCUUUGUUGGUCUUAGCAAUCUAUUGGAACUAGAAGUCGGCGAAAAUCGUUAUUUGGAGGAAGUCAAAAGAGGUACAUUUACGCCUCUUAAGAAGUUGCGCAUCUUGCAUCUCUGUCACAAUUCUAAUCUGAGAUACAUCAGUCAUAACGCAUUUAGAGCUCUUAAGGAUAAAUGGACAUUGAAAGAGGUAUAUAUGGAUGAUAACAAUUUAAGUGAACUGUCAGCAGAUUUAAUGCCAUGGAGCCAAUUAAAGAUUCUAGGGAUGACUGGAAAUAGUUGGCUUUGCAACUGUGACCUUGCAGAGAUCAUUACUAAACAAGAGGCAGGGACUAAAUUUAAAGAUGGAGAUAUCCCAUAUUGUGCGGCACCAAUGAAAUAUGCUGGAACCUACGUAACAAAUAUAUCCAUGGCUUUUUGUCCAACUUUUGACUCAACAUUUGCCAACAAACGAGGAUUCUCCAUAUCAAAUUUAAGACCAAAACAUGUUCUAUGGAGUAUAUUUGGUGUAGCAGUAGUUGUUUGCAUUGGAAUGUUGGUAGGAUUGCUUGUGAACACAAUCAAGGCUUUCUAUAAUAAAAAGCUACGGAGCCAACCUAUUCGUUACAUCAACCUACACUCCGAUACAAGCUAUGCUUGAAAAAUAAAUAUAUUCUAUUAUAGUUUGUGUAAACUUCAUAUCUUACUCCAAUAUAGUAUUGAUUAGAUAAAAAAUUA